GUCCUGAUGAGGAUCUACUUGCUCGUUUGAAAGUGGAAUGGGAGGAUCAUAAGAUGACCAUGGGCAUGAUACGGGAUAUACUUAUGUAUAUGGAUCGCAACUAUGUGAGGCAACACCCCGAACAGUGUGUACCUGUCUAUGAUAUGGGAUUGAGGUUGUUCCGGGACACCGUAAUAGGGCAUGCACGAGUCAGGGAUAGGGCGAUUGGGCAGAUCCUGGCUGAGCUCCGUCGUGAACUCCACGGCGAGACGAUAACAGAUCCACACCUUAUCAAGACGGUGUUGUCUAUGCUUGUGGAGCUCUCUAGUAUACAAACCCUACCCUCACAGAGAAGUGUGCCUGAAACAGGUUAUCGUGCUGAUCAAUCCUUGCAAGCCACUUCUCCUUCUAUCUCUGAUAUGCGCCCGGUGAUUUACGUCGAGGGUCCAUCACCGAUGCAAAGCGCGAACGACUACUAUUCUUGGUUCGAGAUCAACUAUCUGGCCCUCAUACGCGACUUCUACACGCGAGAAGCCAACGAUUAUAUAGAUCGGCAUACAGUUGGAGAAUAUCUCGAGAAAGCUCACAGCCGACUGCGGCAGGAGAAGAGGCGAGUUGAGACCUAUAUGGACCGAAAUCAGACUAUGCCUAAGGUGGAGGUGCUCGACUCAGUAUGGCUUGGCCGUCACUAUAAGAGUCUCAUCCAACAGGAGAGUAGUGGUUGUAAGGUUAUGUUUGCCCAAGCCAGAGUGUCCGAACUCCGACUGAUGUAUUCCCUUUUCUCCCGAAUACCCGACGCCCUCAGUGACAUAGCGACCGUCAUGCAACAGAGCAUAAGCACAGCAAUUGCCGAUCUGAUCGUUGACGAGACCACCGUGAACGCUCCGGUGUCUUUCGUGGAGAAACUACUCUCUCUUCGAGAGAGGUUUGAGAGGAUCGUGUCUCAAGCCUUUCGGGGCUCAUUGGAGUUCUCCAAUCAUAUGAAGAUGGCCUUUGAGAAUUCUCUCAAUAACGACCCGAAAUGCGCCCAUUAUCUGAGCCUUUAUCUGGAUGAACUACUGCGGAAAAAGUUGAGGGAUAUGACCGAUGCAGAUUUCCACUCUAACGUUGAUCAAGUUAUCAGCGUGUUUCGGUACCUUAUUGACAAGGAUGUCUUCGAGUCAUAUUAUCGAUCGAGCUUGUGCCGACGCUUACUCAACUCUAAGUGA